AUGAAAACUUUAGAAAUUGUUGACCUACAAUGUUUAGAAUAUACUCAGGUGGUUGAAUUUAUGAAAUGCUGUCAAUCAAAAAUCAAAUCAUUCACCAUUUCCUUUAGAGAUUAUCGAGGUGAAUUGAAUUUUAAUGUUGAUUGGCCAUUGGAAAGAUUGGUAAUUGGUGGCCUCAGUUUUGAUUCAUGGAUUUCAAUAUUGAAUAGCAAAUUUUCUAAAACUUUGAAGAGUUUAAGACUUGUCCCUUCAAAAACAAAAAUUGAAAAUUCAGUUUUGGAAUUAUUUGGAAAUUUGGAAUCUUUGAUUGAAUUGGAAUGUGGUGCUGUGGAGAUUGAACAGGGAUUGAAGGAACUCUUCAAAAUUGGUGCAUUGAAGAGAUUAACAUUACAUGGUGUACAUGGUCGCUCAAUUGAGGAAAUUGAUGUACAUUUACCAAAAUUGGAAUAUUUGUCUGUUAGACAUAAUAAUAUAAAAGGAGAGUUGGAUCGGCUGGGGAAUUUGAAAAAUCUGACAAGUUUAAUUUUGAGUGAUAAUGAUAUUUUCGAUGGUGGAUGUUAUUUGAGCUCAAUUACAACUUUGAAAUACUUGAAUCUUUCGAAUAAUUCAAUUGGUGAUAGUUUCUUAAUGGAUUUCAACAAGCUCAUCAAUCUAACAUACUUGGAUUUGAAUGGUAACAAUAUUGGCAAUAUUGGUGCUAAUUAUCUAUCAUCUAAUAUCAAUAUUGAACAGUUAAUUCUUUCGUAUAAUUUAAUUGGAGAGGAAGGUUUGAAAAAUUAUGGAACUUUACGUAAAUUAAGAAUUCUCAAUUUGAAUGGUAAUAAUAUUAGAAACGGGUUGAAAUACCUCUCUGCUUGUGAAUCCUUGGAUCGGCUCUCUAUUUGUGCGAAUCAUAUCAAUGCCCAAGCGGUCAUUGAGUUUUGCCAACUUUCUUCACAUGUGAAAAUUUUGCAUAUUUCAGACAAUCCAAUUGGUGAUGGAUUUUCUCAUUUUCCAUUGUUGAAACAAUUAACAGAAUUACUGGCAAAUAAUUGUGAAAUUGGUGAUUAUGCAAUUUCAGAAUUUAUCUCAACUGCUGCAAAGUAUAAAUCAAAAUUCACAACAGAAAUUCAACUUUCCAUUACUGGCAAUAAUUUUACAAAACUUGCUGUGCAGAAAUUUCUCAAAUUUGAAAAUAGAGAUUACAAGAUUGUAAAGCUUGUUGUUUCAGAUUCCAGUUCCAGUUCAAAAGAAAUUGACAAAAUAUUGACAAAAUCUAAUACCCCAACAAACAAAUCCAACACAUGUUUGCUAUUGUAA